AUGCCACUGCGACGUGCCUGUGCUUUGCACAAGGACUAUUGCUGCCUUUACCACGAGAAAGGCUGCCAGUUUAACGUCCAUCACUCAACGCAUUACGUGUACAGCGACGACGCGUACACGCCCGGGCACAGUGACUAUGUCACCACUGAUGACCACAGCUAUCAGUAUCCCAGCAGCUACCCGUAUAGCUAUAGCGAUUCUGACGGAUACUCGAGCACACCUGCCGUUGAUGAUGGAGCUUUGCAGCUCGGGAACCUGGAUGGCAGCAAGUCUUUCCUCGACAAAGCAGCUGGAGAUUCGGUGCUGCCGCAUGCCGUGACGUCUGUCAGUGAGCAUGUUCACAGCCACACGGCGGUGAAGCUAGCACACGCUGUGACGCAUGUCAGCGAGCAUGCCACGGGUCACCAGGCAGCUCACGUAGGUCACGAUGCGCGCACGGUGAGAAGUCAGCAUGAAGAGAAGGUUUCUUCCGAAGGAGCCGCUGCCCAUGAAAUGACCGGGCACGCCCAUGCCAAGGAGGAACUAGCUUCUGAAGAGAAGCAUACUCAUGCAGAAGCAGGCACUACGUUGAAAGCAAGCACAACGCUGAAAGCAGCAACCACCACAUUGGCUGCUGUGAUGUUUGGAGGUGGUGGGGCUUCAGAAAAAGCCAUCUAG